AUGGGACACUGUUCUUCGCGUGAUCAAAAGGAUCAGAAAAGAAUGAACCGUCGGAUCGACGAGCAAAUCAAGAAAGAUCAGUCAAUUUCCCUUCGAAUUAUCAAACUUCUUCUAUUGGGGGCUGGCGAGAGCGGAAAAAGUACUAUACUGAAGCAAAUGAGGAUUUUGCAUAAAAAUGGAUUUUCACAACACGACUUGGAAAUGAUAAAACCGGUAGUUUAUAGCAACUGCAUACAUUGCAUGCUAGCAAUUCUCAGGGCAAUGUUUCACUUGCAAAUUGAAUAUGAAGACCCCGAGAGAGUGCGUGAUCGUCAAGUUGUUUUCGCUACUGUGCAUGCCAACAAGGAGGAACUUGUUGAAGAAUUAUCUGCAGCUAUGCAACGUCUGUGGGCUGAUGGUGGUGUGAGGGAGUGUUACAAGCGUUCCAAUGAAUAUCAGAUCGAUGAUUCUGCUAAAUAUUUCUUAGACAAUUUACCAAGGUUAAGCUCCCCAAACUAUGUACCUACAGAACAAGACUUACUAAGGACAAGGAUUAAGACGACAGGAAUAACUGAAGUACUUUUUGAGCUCAAAGGACUUACAUUCAGAGUGAUUGAUGUUGGUGGACAACGCUCUGAAAGAAAGAAAUGGAUUCAUUGUUUUGAUAAUGUAAAUGCUAUUAUAUUUAUAUCAUCGUUAUCUGAAUAUGAUCAAGCACUACGAGAAGAUAAUUGCACGAAUAGAAUGCAAGAGAGUUUGAAACUUUUUGAUUCAAUAUGUAAUAGCCCAUGGUUUGCGGACAUUCACUUUAUAUUAUUUCUGAAUAAAAAAGACCUUUUCGCUGAAAAAAUCUCUCGGUCACCUCUUACGAUAUGCUUUCCAGAAUAUAAAGGGCAACAAAAUCAAACAGAAUGUAUCAAUUACAUACAGUGGAAAUUCGAACAGCUGAACAGGUCUCCACAGCGGGAAAUAUACUGUCAUCAUACAUGUGCUACAGAUACGAACAAUGUGCAAUUUGUUUUGGAUGCUUGCCUAGAUAUGAUUAUUGCAAGGAACCUGAAAUCAAUGGGUCUUUGUUGA